CGACCCGGAAGCGGCGCUACUCCUUGGGGGAAGAUGGCGCCCUUGGGGCUGAAGGCGGUGGUAGGGGAAAAAAUUUUAAGCGGAGUCAUCCGGAGCGUUAAGAAGGAUGGCGAGUGGAAGGUCCUCAUCAUGGAUCACCCGAGCAUGCGAAUCUUGUCAUCCUGUUGUAAAAUGUCAGAUAUCCUGGCGGAGGGCAUCACCAUUGUGGAAGACAUCAACAAACGGAGAGAACCCAUUCCCAGCUUGGAGGCAAUUUAUUUGCUGAGUCCCACGGAGAAGUCGGUUCAGGCCCUGAUUGCAGACUUCCAGGGAACACCAACCUUCACCUACAAAGCAGCCCAUAUCUUCUUCACUGACACAUGCCCUGAGCCCUUGUUCAGUGAACUGGGCCGCUCUCGCCUGGCGAAGGUGGUGAAGACAUUGAAAGAGAUCCACCUUGCCUUCCUCCCCUAUGAGGCCCAGGUGUUCUCUCUGGAUGCCCCACAUAGCACCUACAACCUUUACUGUCCAUUCCGAGCAGGGGAGCGGGGGCGGCAGCUCGAUGCACUGGCCCAGCAGAUAGCCACACUGUGUGCCACUCUUCAGGAAUACCCAUCCAUCCGCUACCGCAAGGGUCCAGAAGAUACAGCCCAGCUGGCCCAUGCUGUCCUGGCCAAGCUGAACGCCUUCAAGGCAGACACUCCCAGUCUGGGCGAGGGCCCAGAGAAAACACGCUCACAGCUGCUCAUAAUGGACCGGGCAGCAGACCCCGUGUCCCCACUAUUACACGAACUCACAUUCCAAGCCAUGGCCUAUGAUCUUCUGGACAUCGAACAGGACACAUACAGGUAUGAGACCACAGGGCUGAGUGAGUCCCGGGAGAAGGCUGUACUCCUGGAUGAAGAUGAUGACCUGUGGGUGGAACUUCGGCACAUGCACAUAGCAGAUGUUUCCAAGAAGGUUACAGAACUCUUGAAGACAUUCUGUGAGAGUAAGAGGCUGACCACAGACAAGGCCAACAUCAAAGACCUGUCCCACAUCCUGAAAAAGAUGCCACAGUAUCAGAAGGAGCUGAACAAGUACUCUACACACCUGCAUUUGGCAGAUGACUGCAUGAAGCAUUUCAAGGGCUCGGUGGAGAAGCUGUGCAGUGUGGAGCAGGACCUGGCCAUGGGCUCUGAUGCAGAGGGUGAGAAGAUCAAGGAUGCCAUGAAGCUGAUUGUCCCGGUGUUGCUGGAUGCCUCAGUGCCACCCUACGACAAGAUCCGGGUUCUGUUGCUCUACAUCCUUCUGCGGAAUGGGGUGAGUGAGGAGAACCUGGCCAAGCUGAUCCAGCAUGCCAACGUGCAGUCCUACAGCAGCCUCAUCCGGAAUCUGGAGCAGCUGGGCGGCACUGUCACCAACUCUGCGGGCUCAGGGACCUCUAGCCGGCUGGAGCGGAGAGAGCGAAUGGAGCCCACCUACCAGCUGUCUCGCUGGUCCCCAGUCAUCAAGGAUGUGAUGGAGGAUGUGGUGGAGGACCGGCUAGACCGAAAGCUGUGGCCCUUUGUGUCUGACCCUGCCCCUGUGCCUAGCUCCCAGGCAGCUGUCAGCAGCGCUCGCUUUGGCCACUGGCACAAAAACAAAGCUGGAGUAGAGGCCCGGGCUGGGCCUAGGCUCAUCGUGUACAUUGUGGGUGGUGUCGCCAUGUCGGAAAUGAGGGCUGCCUAUGAGGUGACCAGGGCCACUGAGGGCAAGUGGGAGGUGCUCAUAGGCUCUUCUCACAUCCUUACUCCAACCCGCUUCCUCGAUGACCUCAAGACACUGGAUCAGAAGCUGGAGGGGGCCUGGAAUUUGGUUCCCAACACCCAAUUUGGGUGACUCAAAACUGACUGUAACUCCAGCUCCAGGGAAUUCAGUGCUCUCUCCCGGCUUCAGUGUGAACCCAGAUACAUGUAUACCUCCCCCAACACACAGCAACAACCAAACAGAUAAAUAAUGAAUAAAAGCACUUCACUCAGAUGGCUUUACAGGAAUUUAUUAUUCCACAGUUCUGGAAGUUUGGUCUUUGCUGGAGGUGUUGAUUGGUUUGUAGAUAGAUAGUUCCAGGCUGGUCUUGUUAAAUAGCUGAGGGUGACUUUGAACUCCUGAGUGUUGGGGUUACAGCUGUGCAGUUUAUGCAGUGCUGGGGGAUGAACACAGUUCUUCAUGCAUGCUAAGCAGGUACUCUUCCAGCUGAACCACAUCUCCAACCCUGCAGCUGGCCAUUUCUCUGUGUCCUCACAUGGUUGCGUUUUGCAGGUGUCCCAAUUUCCUCUUCUUAUGUCACCACAUACUGGAUGAGAACCCACCCUGUGGCCUCAUUUUUUUUAAACUUAAUUAUCUUUAAAAAGACCUUGUUUCUAAAUAUAUUCAUCUUGAGAUACAAAGGGUUAGGACAUGAUCAUCUAACUCUUGGGAACAGAUACAAUUUAGCCCAUAGCAUUUGAGUAACAGGAGUUAUGUUUCAGUGUGUGAAUAAGACAGAGAAGGGACCUUCUCUCUGGGGACUCAGCCAGGCAGGUAUCACAGGCAAAGAGGAUACAGGAUUGGGAGGCAUCCCAAAGUGUUUCAUCUAGAGGUGGGGAUAGGAGUAGAAGGGAAUGGGAGGCUCAAGGCUACAAAGCCAAAAACAUGGAAGGAUGCUACAUGGUGCCACAGAGUGAGCCAGACAGUUAAGUGCUGCCCAUCAACAAGAGCACCGGGGCUAUAGAGCUCGCCCAGCAGUACUGGAAGCCCUGGGCUCUGUCCCUGACUUUAGAAUGAGAAUUUACAAAGGUCUGAGAACUAGGUGGGACCUGGCAAAGCUGGGUGAAGAUUUUGUUACUGAUGGGCAGUUGAACACUGUACUGGCUAUUUUUGUGUCAACUUGACACAG